AUGAUAAUCACUGUAGUUGAAAUAACUAUCGUAGUUGAAAGAGUUAUCACAGUUGAAAUAAUUAUAAUCAUGAAAACACUCAUACAAUUAUUCCAUUUUUCCCUAUUUCUUGUUUUCUUUAUACCAACAUCUUUAGCAGAGCCACAAAUCAAAAACACUUAUUCUCUAGCUCUAUCUAAUAUCAAUCAUCCUCUGCAAAGUGCCAUAACACUAGGUGAGCUAACUUACGAAAAAGACCCACCAUCUGCUAGUUUUAAAAAUACCAAUCUCAAUAACGAUGAAACAUUAAAUAUAAGCUUAAAUAAUACCUAUUGCAUCAACAUAAUCGAUAACACCAAUCAAGUUGACAAUUCAAAUUGUUUCUCUUAUAAAAAAAUCAAAAGUAUAAAUAAUCUAUUCAUUACAAUCGACUCAAGCAAUGACAUCUUCAAAUUGACUCUAAUGCCAUUGGAUAACAUCGACACUCCUGAAUCUCUAUCAAUUUCAAAUAUAUCCAUAAAUCCAAUUAUUAAACAAUUAAAAAACGCAAUCCAGCCAAUCCUUUUAAAACCAGCAAAAAUCAACUAUUUUAUCAAUUCAAAUGGUAAAAAAAUCGCUAAAAAAAAAAAUAUUGGUUAUACAUUGCUUUAG